AUGGUUAAUUACGGGUCUUUAUAUCGACCGCGGCAUCGACAGCACAAGGCGUCGUCCGCAUCAUCGCGCCCAAGCGAAACGCCGUCCACCGCGUCGUCCACCAAUGCGCAGGACACGCAGCAAUGGGCGAGCAGCAGCGGGCGCUUCAACUUUAGCGCCGCUGGCACCGCUGACAGUAUCACACCGGACGCGUACUUGAACUUUAAUGACCAGCAACAGGACGCGCUACUUUUGGACGCACGUGCUAAUGCCGCCGCAUUGUUGGUAGAUGCUGUGGCGGACGCCGACAAGUGGCAGUUCGUCACGGCGCGCGGUUCGCUCAACAUCUACGAGCUACGCGCAGACUCGAUGGACCGCGUGUCCAGCAUGAUGCCUGCGGAUCCGGCGCAGCUCCCAUAUAACAUGCACACCAUGCUGGCCACGACGCGUGUACGCGCCACUCUGGACGACUUUAUGCGUCUGAUGGCGUCCCCCAAGCGGGACACAUACCAGAAUGUCCAGGCGGCGCUGUUCGAGGAGCGCGUACAAAUGGCAGACGUGUUCACGAGCUUCGGCAGUCUCCCAAGUGGACGCGCCAGUCGCACCUCAUCCACAUCAUCGUCCAUCAGCUCCAGUUCGCGCUCGCAAAGCGGAGCGGAGACAGAGCAGUACGCAGUGAAAUACGUGUCCAUCAAGGGGCGCGCUCCUCGUGCCGAUUCCGGCGCGUCGCUGAACGCAAGCGCAGCAUCUACCUCGCUCAAAUUCGGCGGCAAGAACCGGCACCGCGAAAGACAAGCUGCCAGGCUGUACACUAGCAAGAAACACAAGGGCGGCGAGAACGCGCAGGAGUUGGGACUCACCAUGUGUCUGGCCGAGUACUCGACCAUCCGUCGCGCGCAGAUCCGCGGCCCCAUGGCUCACAACCAGGCACAGGACUUUGAGGAUCAGCGGGUUGGGAUCAUCUCGCACCACUCGAUCGAAGACCCUGCGGUCACGAGAUACUGCAAACCGAUCGUGACGUCCUCGCAGGCCAAAGCCAAGUCGUCAUCUCCUGAACCGGCCAACUUUGGCAUGACAGCCCGAGCGCUCGUCCAAUUCUCGGGUAUUGUAGUGUACCCGAUUGCCUCGUCCAUCGCGGGCGAUAACGUACUUGAAGUGCUUAUCAAGUUUAGCUGCUACGACGCCAACGGCGUGACGACGACGCGACGAAUGAACAUGUUGUCGUACUUGACGGCAUUCCAGCAGCUGAACACGGCGCUACUGGUCAUGAGACUACGUGAGUCUCCCUACUUGACGUCCGAGAACUGGGUCAAGUCUAGGAAGAGCUGCUGUGUGUGUCAAGGCAAAUUCUCCAUGUCGAGGAGGAAACAUCACUGCCGUCUGUGUGGCGACGUCGCGUGCUCCAAAUGCUCGGAGAUCCACCAGAUCAAACUGGGCAAAGCUGGUAAAUGUCCGUUCCGCAUCUGUAUCAACUGUGAACAGGGCGUGGACGACAACCAGCGACACAGCAGGGGCCAGACAGCGGCAACGCAACCACCCAGGACGCCCGUGAACGGCAUCAACGCGCUUCGUCGUCGUCUUGGCAGUGGCAAUGCUACGCCACGCAGUCCUGAGGAAGACGACGAGUACAGUCGCCCACCGUCGACGAACUCAAGCAGCGGAGACAGCUCUGACUUUUACGACUCGCGUAGUCUGCUGUCGUCCCAUGCGUCAACCAACCCGGACCGAACUCUGUCGAAUAUGUCUGGAAGUACAGUGAGCAGCUUCAAUAGCAGUCGCGGCCUGGGCGCGUUCGGUAAGAGCGGCAGCUCCAAGACGUUGAGUAUCAGUGGCAGCAGCUUCGGUGGCAGCUUCUACAAGCCUAGCAACGCGAGCAACGCCACGACGAUAAGCAGUUCGCGUGGAAGUCGCUAUGAUUACGAGAGCGAGAACGACGUGGAAGGGAACGACAUUGAAGGCAAAGACGACAGCGACACGGAGAGAACCGUCGAAAUGUCGCGAGAAGUGGAGAAAGAGCUCUGA